AUGGAGGAGCCAGGGCGCGACCCGGCCGGAGCUCGGGGAGCCCGCGCCAUGGCCUCGCCCGAGGCCGUGAGCUUCUACUGCCACACCUGCAGCUCCCGGUUGGAGCUCCCCUCCCCGUCCUCCCCCUUCCACUUCACCCUCUGCCCACGUUGCCGCCGGGACUACCUCGACGACUCCCCCGAGCCCCACCACGCGCCGCUGUCACCGCCGCCGCCGCCGCCGCCUCCACCACCCCUGUGCGCCGUACCCUGGCCGCCGGACCCGUUCACCUCUUCCACGCCACCGCCGCCUCCGACGAUCCCACGCGUCUCGUCGCCGUCCUCUUCUUUCACGACGGUGCGGCCGCGGACUCUGGUGUCCCCGCGCACAGGGCCCUUGUCUUCCUCCGCAAGGCCGCCUUCGACGUCGACCGCUCCCGUGUCGUCCUCCUACUGCCCCGAGCGCUCAGCGGCAUGUCGCGAAUUCCGGCUCCUUUGCGAGCAGCGCCGGUCCUCGCCCGCCGUCUCUCCCCUGUCGUCCCCGUACUCCACCGCCUGCUCCUCCCCUCUGUUGGCGUCGCCGCCUCCCCCGCCCCCGCCACCGUUCCACCGCGGCGAGCUGCUAUCCGAGUCGUUUCCUUUGACCUUGCGCUCGUCCACCGCCGAGGAGGCCAUGUCACCGCCUCAUGAUCUGCUUCCUCCCCCGCCCCCGCCGCUGUUCCACCGCGGCGAGUUACUAUCCGAGUCCUUUCCUUUGACCUUGCGCUCCUCCACCGCUGAGGAGACCACGUCACCGCCUCAUGAUCUGCUUCCUCCUCCGCCUCCGCCUUGGCUGCCGCUGGCGUCCGGUGGGACAUGGGAUGAAUUCCUCUUCAAUCCGUCCGACUCCGAUGACGACAGCCCGCCACAGCCUCCUCCGCCGCCGGAUGUAUCUACCUACCACGCCAUGUUCGACAUGCCGCUCCAAGUCCAAAGCGGUGUGUCACAAGCGGCGGCGGCGUCUAUUGCCGCCAACGACACGGUGUUCGAGUUCGACACGCCGCUUCAACGCGGCGGGUCACAAGCGGCGCCGCCGGAGUCCAUCGCCGCCCUGCCCACCGUCACCGUCACGGACGCCGGGCUGGACUGCGUCGUCUGCACCGACCCCCUCCCGCCCUCGGCGCCCGCGCGCCGGCUCCCCUGCGGCCACCUGUACCACUCCCACUGCAUCGUCACGUGGCUGUCCGAGCACAACUCCUGCCCAAUCUGCCGCCGCAGCAUCCCGACGAUCGUCUCCGCCACAAGCGACAUGGCGUCGUCGUCGGAGUCCCCCGCCGGGAGGCGAAGGCGAUCUCUGCCGGUGCCAGGGGGGCGCCGGAUCAGAAGGAUCUGCAGCAGGCUGCUUCGAAACAUGGAAAUCGGCCGCGAUCGUCAGACAAGCAGCAGCCGCGACCGCCAGACAAGCAGCGGCGGCGGCGAUGUGCAUGUCUGA